AUAACACAGGAUCACUUUAAUCUGGAUCAUUUUGAUUUUCUCGCGAAAGCAGCUAUUAUGUUCAAGACCGUCGAGAUUGGUCGAGGCAUCUUGCGAAUUGCGAUACGGAACUACUCGGGUCACUUCCGGAAAUCAUGGUCUUCGGAACGUCAAACCAUCAGCGUGGUUGUUGACAUCUGUUUGAAACAAAUACUCUCUACCGAGCGUUGGUUUUCGCGUCAAGGGUGAAACGGAGUCCAAGUCAAUAACAUUCGGACGCGAAUACGGGUGGAUCUGACCGAUAAGAUGUCCCACGACACGCUGGUAGAAGACGUCUGCAAGCCUACGUACGAAGGAUACUUCGAAGGCCACAGCAACGAUGUUACAGCGCUGAGCUUCGAUCCGACUUCCGAUCAAUUCAUAUCGAGUAGCCUAGACAAGACGAUAAUGGUGUGGAAGUUGGACCACAGGAGGUCGGCUUACAAGUUCUUUGGGCACACAGAUGGUGUCUUGGACGUCUGCUAUUCGCCAAGCGGACGCCUCGUGGCCAGCGCUUCGAGAGACACAUUCGUGAGAAUUUGGGUUCCUAAAAUUAAAGGGGCCUCAAUAAAGUUUAAAGCUCACAGCUCCGCCGUAACAUCGGUGCAGUUCAAUCCGAAUGCAGAAGAGUUGGUCACUGCGUCGAACGACAAAACUGUAAAGUUGUGGUCGGUGAGCAAGAGAUUCCUCAAGUCGUUCAGCGGACAUACGAGUUGGGUGAACUGCGCCAGGUUUUCUCCCACUGGUAGACUCUUGGUGUCGUGUGGCGAUGACAAAAUGGUGAAAGUCUGGGACGUCGCCAGCGGAAAGUGUGUCAAAACGUUCACCGAGAUAAAUGCUCUCGUUAGAUGCGUGGACUUUCAUCCGAACAGCCCGACCGUCGGAUCGGCGAGCGAGGACGGGUGCGUCAAGUUGUACGACCUGAGAAUGGACUCUUUAUGCCAGCUCUACAACGCUCACAAAGGGCCUGUGAAUAUGAUCAAGUUCCAUCCAAGGGGUAAUUUCAUGUUGACGGCUUCGAGCGACUCGACGAUGAAGAUCUUAGACAUCCUGGAAGGCCGCCCAAUUUACAAUCUCAGGGGACAUCGUAAUAGAUGCAGCGUAACGUCCAUAGCAUUCUCCACAAACGGCAAGCUCUUCGCUUCUGGUGGCACGGACCGACAAGUUCUAAUAUGGAAGUCCAACGUGUGUGUGGAUGGCAAAAUCGGAAGAGUUCCCACGCAGUUAAUGCCUUCCGUGCGAGAGCCUCACGGAAGGGGUGAAAGGUCGAACAGCGACGAAGAAGACGUAGUCGGGAAACGGGAUCGAAAGAAAUAUUUAUCGGACACGUUAGAAACAUUAGAUCUAAAAUCGGAUAAGAGUCGUAAAGAAUCGCCAAAGAAAGAGACCAGGUCUGAAAUGGUCGACACGAGGAACGUUGAAUUUUCCGAGGGGGCUUGUGCAACGAACGUGCCAAUCCCACGGGAUCAGGCAUCGCCCGAGGCACCUUCGUCCUAUCAGUCCGUUAAAACAGUAGAAGCACUCUGUGAUAAAAUACAGUCAUUACAUCGCACUGUUACAGUGUUGGAACGACGCUUGACAAUUUUGGAAGAGGCGUUUAAUAUGUUUACUACAAGCUUUCUCAGCUGUGAGAAAUGACUGAAAAGAUCCCGAAUCGAUAUCAAAUCAACUCUGAUAUCGAUUCAAAGAUAUCUUUUCUCCAAUCAUUUCUCACUGAAUGUUAGGCUUACGAUUGGUAAUCGCUUGAAAUAACUUGUAUAUAUGUAUAUGUACAAUAUUGAUGACUCGUUGUUAAUCUGAACAACAGAUUUUUAAUUAUUUUGUAACGUAUAUUAUAAGGACUGUAAAUAUGCUAACAACUCGUAUUCCAACACCUUACAGGCAUGAAAGACGUGCUGCGUUAUGACAAGAGACCCGUAUGCAACUGCUUAGGACAAUAGAAAAUAUGUUAUUGCAUGCUAUUUUUGUACUUUUUGUAUAUAUACGAAUAAGUAAUUUAAAAUGUGACCUUUUUUCAUAUCAUGGAAAAGGUACAAUGUAAAAAUGUCUCCGCAACAUAUGCUGGUACUGCGAAAACUUGCUAACAAAUCGUGCACCAACGCCUUGUACAGACAGAAAAGACACGUUGCGUUGUGACAAGUGCAAGAGACUUGUACGCAACUGCUUAGGAUAAUAGAAAAUAUGUUAUUGCAUGCUAUUUUUGUACUUUUUGUAUAUACUCGUAUACGAAUAAAUAAUUUAAAAUGUGACCUUUUUUCAUAUCUUAGAAAAGAUACAAUGUAAAAGUGUAUUCGCAACAUACGCUCGUACUGCGAA